UCCGACUGUUGGCAACAUUGGAUUUUCUAGUGACAUUUUAUCAUCAUCGUAGAUUUUUUUAUAAACACUAGUGGUUGUUCUUUACGAAAACUAUUAUUGUUCAAUCACCUCUUUCUAGUUAAAAUUUAUUAAUUACAAAUGGGGGGACACGGCCAUGGACAUGGACACGAACCUUACACAGUUCCUGAUUACAAAAUAUACAAAGUUGAGGACGUACCCGAACUCAUGAGUACUAAAAGGGCAUUAGCUUGUCAAGGUCUAAAAGAUCCUUGGCUUCGCAAUGAAGUCUGGCGUUACAAUCCUAAAGAAUUUGGAACAGAAAAAUCUAGAUUUAGACUUUUUUUCUACAGAGGAUUUAGAACUGGUUUUGCCGCUUUUCUCAUAACUAUCGCUGGUACUGCCAUUUACGAUAAAUUAUAUCCCUCUAAACACGAUCACCAUGAUCAUUAAAACACAGUUGUGCUUGUAGUAACUUGUAAUUGUUUAAAUAAACUGUAAAUACAUAA